AUGGCAAUACAGCGAAGAGAUGGUCCAAGGUUUCAAAAUCUGCAGCGAAGAGUUAGUCCAAGGUUUCAAAAUCUACAGAGAAGAGUUAGUCCAAGGUUUCACAAUCUACAGCGAAGAGUUAGUCCAAGGUUUCAAAAUAUACGGAAGGGUGGCAACUCAAACAUUGGAAAGACACGGAAUGCAUCUGAAUCUAGAAAAAUAUCAAAUACUCAAAAUCUACCAAGAGGAGGUAACUCAAACAUUGAAAAGAUUUGGAAUGCAUAUGAAUCAGGGAAAACAUCACAUACUAGAGUUAACCUAAGAUUUCAAAAUCUACCAAAUGAGGAGAUACGUGAUGCAACUGACUCAAGGAAGACAUCAAGUACUAGAGUUAGCCCAAGGUUUCAAAGCUUACCAAACAAUGGUAGCUCAAACACUGAGAAGAUACAUAAUGUACUUGACUCAGGAAAGAUAUCAAAUACUAGAGUUAGCCCCAGGCUCCAAAGUGUUCCUUUGGAAAAGAGACCCUAUUAUGGUAGUUGUCAGAAUAGGAAAACAUUGAAUGAUUCUCAUGGUAACUCAAACAUUAAGAAGAUACAGAAUGUAAUUGAGUCAUUAAAGAUAUCGGAUACUAGAGUUAGCCCCAGACUCCAAAGUAUUCCUUUGGAAAAGAGACCCUAUUAUGGUAGUUUCCGGGAGAGGAAAACAUUGAAUGAUUCUCAUGAUAACUCAAACAUUGAGAAGAUAGAGAAUGUACUUGAUUCAAGAAAGACAUCAAAUGCUAGAGUCAGCCCCAGAUUCCAAAGUAUUCCUUGGGAGAAGAAACCCUAUUAUGGUAGUUGUCGUAAGAGGAAAACAUUGAAUGAUUCUCAUGGUAACUCAAACAUUGAGAAGAUACAGGAUGUGCUUGACUCGGGAAAGACAUCAAAUGCUAGAGUUAGCCCCAGAUUCCAAAGUAUUCCUUGGGAGAAGAGACCUUAUUAUGGUAGUUGUAGGAAGAGGAAAACAAUGAAUGUUUCUCAAGAUACAAUCAUGGUCAAAAAGCACAAAGUUGGUAACGCAGAUUUGGAGUGUGUAUCUAAUGGUUCUGUAACCACUGAAAGCGGUGAAAAGGAUGUUGCCUAUCUACAGGAAACUGAUAUAAAAGGGGGGAACUAUGGUGAUGAUUUAGCAUCUACUCAUGGUACAAGUGCGGCUAUGGCGGUGAAAGAUAAACUCAGGCUGUUCAAUAAGUAUUUUCUCCACUUCUCUAAGGAAGAAUAUGCAUGUGAAGGUAAUGUCAAGCAAUCCAAGUGCCAAGGUCAUUUUAAUCUAUCUAAGUGCAAAGAUUGCGUCAAGCAAAGCAAAAGCUGCCCGGAUCUGAUGGCGAUUUCUGAGAUGUUGAAGAAAAAUGAAAUUCUAUCUCACGAAAGAUACUUUGGUGAUCUACCUGGUAUUGAAAUUGGGCAUUGCUUUUAUUUUCGUGCUGAAAUGGUUGCAGUAGGACUUCAUAAACUUUUGCUGAAGGGAAUUGACUACAUUGGAGAACAUUAUGUGAAAUCGGAGUAUAGUGGCUAUACCUUCCCUCUUGCUGCUUCAGUUGUGCUGUCUGGCCAAUAUGAAGAUGAUUUUGAUAAUAGCGAAGAAAUUGUUUAUACUGGUGAAGGUGGAAAUGAUUUACUUGGUGAUAAACAUCAAAUCAAAGAUCAAGUUAUGCUUCGUGGUAAUUUGGCUCUAAAAAAUAACAAGGAGCAAUCUGUGCCUGUUAGAGUUAUUCGUGGUCAUAAAUGUGAUGAUAGUUACAGCAAAACAGUGUACAUAUAUGAUGGCUUGUACAAGGUUACUGACUAUUGGGAUGAGAAAGGUAUUUCUGGCUUUAAAGUUUUUAAGUACAGGUUGAAGCGGCUACAAGGGCAAGACAAUUUGAUGACCCGGAAUCAGGCAAUUUAUUUUUCUUUAAUCAAAAUUUUGUAA